ACAGUUUCCUUUGUUGUCAUUGUUGUUCCUGCAAGUGCUGUUGUUUUUGCAAUUGUUGACACUCCUGUUGUUGUUGCUGCUGUUGUUUUUGUUGCUGUUCCUGCAAGUGCUGCUGCUGGUCUACCAGUCAUUGACUGUUUUGUUCUUGUCGCUGCUGUUGUUGUUCGUCCUGCAAGUGCUGUUGGUUUUGCAGUUGUUGACACUCCUGUUGCUCCUACUGUUGUUGUACCUGCAGUUCUUCUUGCUACUGUUGUUGUUCUUCUUGCUACUGUUGUUGCUGUUGUUCCUCUUGUUUUUUCUUCGCCGCUAAAAGACAGUGCCACAUAA